AAGAAGCACGCAAGGCCCAGAUCAGCGCAAGGGCGGCUUGGAUUUUUGGCGGGAGCGGCGCCCUUCUUCCCGCCAUUCCCUGCCUCCUCCCACCACCCACCCACCCCCCCCACACACACAUACCCAACAGCGCCGCCCCUCAGCAGAACCGCUCCGCUCAGAGGGCUCAGUCGCUCAGGGGCCUCAAGUCCAUCUCCUCCCUUGCUCUUCCUUCCCUGGCGGCGGCGACUGGGCGAGCGGCGGCGCCAUUUGUCCUGUCUUCCUCAGCCCUUUGCCGGCGACGAGCGCAUCCUCCAGUCCGUUCGUGAUCUGAGGAUGGGUAGGGACGAUGAGCCGGUUGACUCUAUGGAGAUUGAUGGCCAGCAGCAGCUAAAGGUAGAAGGCCCUGCUGCGGUGCCAGACGGGUUCAACGCCGACUACCUCCGUGUCUACUACGGAAAGCUCUUCCCAUAUGGUGAUUUCUUCCAAUGGCUUUGCUAUGCAAAUGAUGGAAAGCAUCCCGGAUGUGAUCAGUCAUAUGUUGGACGUCGAGAGUUUUCAUUUACACUAGAGAAUGACAUCUACCUGCGCUUCCAAUCCUUUGAUAGUGCUGCUGAAUUGGAGAGUUCUAUCAAGGAGAAGUGCCCUUUCAAGAUUGAUAUUGGACCUGUCUACAGCGUAGAUCCUGCAAAGCGUCAUGCUUACGCCCAAUCUGGCAAUAAUGUCUUUGUACCAGUGGAAAGGGAACUAAUUUUUGACAUUGAUAUAUCUGAUUAUGAUGAUGUGCGCUACUGCUGCUCUGGAGCUGAUGUCUGCAAGGAGUGCUGGCCCUUAAUGACCAUUGCUAUCAAAAUUCUGGAUACUUCUCUUAGAGAUGAUUUUGGUUUCAAUCACAUACUGUGGGUAUACAGUGGCCGUCGUGGUGUUCAUUGUUGGGUCUGUGACACCAGAGCUAGAAAGCUCCGCAAUGAACAAAGGGCUGCAGUUGCUGAUUAUUUUCGAGUCUACAAGGGUGGUGAAAAUGCACUGAAGAAAGUCUCCUUGGCUGGACCUGUCCUCCAUCCUUUCCUUGCACGGUCAUACACGGAUGUUCUUGAAAGCUUCUUUGAAGAUAAGCUGCUACUUAGCCAAAAACUCUUUGCAUCAGAGGAGAGAUGUCAGAAGAUACUUGAUCUCAUCCCUGAUGAAAAUGUUGCUAGUGAGCUCCAUGACAAGUGGCAGGGAAAUAGCCGAUCUUCUAUUUCAAAGGAAGAUGUCAAUGCAGCCAGAUGGAAACAAUUGAAGACAACCUUACAGUUAGGAAAGCACAAGGCUCAGGGCCUUCGGAGAUGUGUGGAAGAGAUCGUCUUCUUGUACACAUAUCCUAGACUUGACAUGGAGGUAUCAAAGCACAUGAAUCAUUUACUGAAAGCUCCCUUUUGUAUACACCCCAAAACAGGUCGUGUUUGUGUUCCAAUUGAUCCCAAUAAUUGCGAUGAUUUUGAUCCUACAGCCGUUCCGACUCUAUCACAGCUUUUAGGAGAGCUCAAUGCUGCUGGUUUUCAGACAGAUUCUGAAAAUAAUUGGGAAAGAACUUCCUUGGAGAAAUCCAUCAGGUUUUUCAGAACUUCGUUUCUGCAACCACUGCUGAAAGCAUGCAAGGAGGAACUGGAAAGUGCAUACAAUGCAAAGCUCCAACAGUCCAAGAAUUCCUUGAAUUGGUAAAAUCCACAUGCGUAUGUGGAUGAAUGGGCGAUUAUUCCAACUGGACACUGACCUCUUUGCAUGGACGAUUGGGCGAUUAUUCCAUGACGCUGCUGUGGAGUUGGUACCAUGUCGGUUCAAAGUUGUAGCUACUGAGUGUGAUCAGAGCUAUAUACCGUACUGGUGUACGACGUGCUUUAGGUGUCUGUAGGUUCCAGUGCUGGGCUUCAGAGAAUGAGUGUAAUACUUGCUGGUUGACGGUGCCAAGGUAUAUCAUGUAACUUGGGCUACAUAUGCCCAGCAAUUUCUAACAAAAAGAGAAUCCAGAUGGGAUGUUCUAGUUAUUUGUGUGGCCGUAUGCGUUGA